UAUACAACUACUGGCCUGUAAACUCUGUUCCUGUUCGAUUGCAGUAAAUUCUGAAGAUAGUGAAACCUCCAUUAGGGAUCUGCAAAUGGCGAGAUCUACAGGCAAGGACGCUCGAGCCCUUUUCCACUCCCUUCUUUCUGCUUAUGCUGCUACGCCUACCAACCUUAAGGUCAUCGAUCUGUAUGUGGGUUUUGCGGUAUUCACAGCUCUAAUCCAGGUAGUAUACAUGGCUAUUGUUGGGUCUUUCCCAUUCAAUUCUUUUCUUUCAGGAGUACUCUCUUGUGUAGGAACUGCAGUACUUGCUGUUUGUCUCCGGAUUCAAGUGAACAAAGAAAAUAAGGAAUUUAAGGAUUUACCACCAGAGCGAGCUUUUGCAGAUUUUGUUCUCUGCAACUUGGUGCUUCACUUGGUGAUUAUGAACUUCCUUGGUUAGGUAUUGUUAGUGGUUUAUUUAUACAACAUAUCUGCAUCUCAAACUUUGCAGGCUGACUUACGAGGCAAUAGCAAUACAGAAUUAUUUUUUGGAUUAUAUGAAUUGGUACCUCAUUGCAUGAAUCAGAUAUACAAAUUUGUUUCAAAAUUCUAGCGGUCUGAUGGUUCUUUAUGUCAUACCAAGCUGGUGACAGUUGAAAAGAAGAGUUGUGAUCUGAAAGGGUUUUUCUAUAGUACUUUGCCAGUACCCUAUCUCGAACUUACAUGUAUCAAAGUAAAAAUUUUGUGGAACUCAGCUUUAUGAAA